GACGCCAUGCUUGCUGUGAUUUUACUCGUCACUGUCGUGCUUGUAGAGGGACUUCAUCCAUCAAUCGAAGAUGAUUUGUUGAACGGAGUCAAACGAUCACCAACUCACGACUACAAGGUUUACGAUCAUGACGCGGAGAAAGAUGAUAAACCUGACAACAAUCCGCAACAUUUCAACAUCAUCUUGCCAGCUGAUCCAGCCAGUCACGUGAUACAAUCAGUUGAUCGCAAGAAACACCAAGUAAGUGUAGAGGUCAACGGGGAUACCGGGUUUGUAGAUCGUUCCUUGGUUGUAAAAGGUUUCGUUGGUUAUGACAACGAAGAAGUUCUUCGUCACAGUGAUUAUGAUAAGAUUCAGAAAUUUCAGUUGAGAAAUAAAAGUGAUGAUGAUUUUGGUACGAUGGAGUAUCAGGUAAAAGUUAUUGUUUUGGAAAGUGAUGAACGUGUUGGUUCAAGUGAUGACAAAAAGGAAGAGCAAGUGGGUUCAACUAACGUCACAGAUCAGGUAUACGAUGAAGGAGUUGAAGAUCAAAGUAACAAUAGGGAAGAAGAAGAAGUAGGUACAACUCACGUUAGAGAUCAGACAGAUGAUGAAGGGGUUGAACUUCCAAGUAACACAGAGGAAGAAGACGAAAAGGUGGGUAAAAUUAAUUUUGAAGAUCAGACACAUGACGAAAGCACUUCUGAAAUAGAUUCUACAAAUCUUGAAACAAACUCAGACAUCAAUGACGACACUCUUAGUGAUUUGGAACCAUCAAAAGUUGACAACAUUCAAAACUCAUACAGAGGACCUUUUUACCUACCGGAAACUAAAGGAAUAGGCAGUGUUUAUAGUACCGAUUUUGUACAAAAUGUUUCAACCAAUUACAAUACUGAGUCUUUAAACAAUACUCACAUGAAUGUAGAUAGUUCUACUGCUACUACUACACGUGCUACUGUUUUACAAGAAGACAAUGAAAACCCCCUCUCGUCCACUACAGUAUCGAAUACCCCUCUGGUAAAAGUUCAUGUCUUUGAUGAAUUUCCAGAUAGGACAAAUAUUUCUGACGUAGGCGACUUUUUUAUUACACCUAAAAGUUCCAAAAGAAACAAAUCCAAGUCACAAAAUGACUCUCCUAUCACUCGGAUUAGUAAAGUAGGUUCACCAUUGGUGUUUGGUCCACCAGGACUAGUUAAAGAUGAACCCAAACCAUUUAGAAGACGAGUUUUGAUUGGAGUAAAGAAGAAGAUUCGACCUCAGAAUUUAGAAGAUUCUAUGUCUUCUUCGACAACUGAUGGACUUUCAACUGAUGAUUCAGACGAUAACGACUACGAUGAUAAUGAAGAAGACUCAGAUGAAGGAGCAGACCUUCAACAUGCACCACAAGAUAAGAUCAUAAACAAUAGUCCAAUAAUUCCCCAAGUUCGACAAGCAGCAACCCCUCCUUUUUACGCUCCACUUGGAAUUCCCAAUCCUAUUCCUCCGAUUCUUCCUGAACAACCUCCUACGAAAAUUCACCAACCCGUUUUGCAUCACAUAAUUCAUGCACUUAUUAGUCCACCCAUACCCGAAGAAGAAGAAAUACCAGACAUCUUUCUUCACAGAUAUUCGCCAAAUUUCGUUCCGUAUCCUCAUCCUUUGCCUUUGCUCUACUGAGAAACACUAAUCGGAACCAAGGUUAAAUUUAAGUAAAAAUUGUUUUCAGGAAAAAUGUUGCGUCUUGAAUUUUUCUAAAGUAAUAUGUUUAGUAAAGUUUUAUUUCCUAAAA